GACAGAGGAGUAUCUUUGUGCUGAAUUCCAAACACAUCCAUGGAUAACCAACAGACCGGAUAUACACCACAUAUUUUUCAGCCACCUCUUGGUUUUCUUCCCAAGCAUAUAGUAGUAUCACACAAUUGUUGACUGUUGAGUUUAAAGCACUUACAUAUUCAGAUAAUGGAAGUGACAAGUCAAAAUUUUACUAGUACCAAGUUUGCAUUCUUUCACUACAUACCCUCUGCUCAUGGUAGCAGUUGCGUCAGUUUUUCUGGGUUCAAGACCUCACAGUCACAGUCACCCAGAAAGCUGCAACACUUCCUUCAUUUAAAUGCAGGGCCAAGGAGGAAAUUAAGUGUUAUACAAGCUUCUACUGAGGAAACCACUUCUACUUAUGAUGGAGAAAGAUGGCUUCUUCAACCUGUAGGUGAUGGUGAUUCAAGACACAUAGGUUUUAAGGUGCCAAUGCCUGAUGCAUAUGAAAUAUCUUCAACUGUAGUGACGGUUGGACGUGUUCCUGAGAAAGCCGACUUGGUUAUUCCUGUCGCAACAGUGUCCGGUGAACAUGCUCGUCUUCAGAUGAAAGAAGGAAGUCUGGUAGUGACAGAUCUAAACAGUACAAAUGGCACAUUCAUCGACGACAAACGGCUUAGUCCUGGUGUCCCUGCUACGAUAGAAACCGGAAGAUAUCUUACCUUUGGGGACACCAAUUUGGCUAUAUUCCGAGUCUCAAAGCUUCCUAAAUCAGUAGCUUCUGAACCUGAAACCGAUGUCAAAGUUGAAGCUGAAGUAGAGACUGAAAGUGCAACAAAUUGAGGUCAAUCAGUACUCGUCAAGGACUGCCCGAAAAGUUUGUAAAUGAGGUGGUAAAAUAAACAGAACAAUAAAAGUGGGAUAGUUAGAAUCCACUUUUCUUCUUCUUAUUUCACCAAAUGUAGCUGUAUGCCUGUAUCUUCUAUAUUCCGGUUGCAGUCACAGAAAUGGUCUUCUAUAUCUGGUUUUCAAGUUUUCGCUAAUGUAAUUUUUUCCUAUUUUGCA